AUGGCAAUUGCACUGUACGGGGCUUUGAACCACACAGCUGUGACAGAAUUCAUCCUGCUGGGAUUCGGGAGUGGACCUGGGAUUCAGGUGCUGCCCUUUGUGGUGUUCCUUCUAAUUUACACGGCCACUGUGCUAGGAAACAUUAUCAUGGUUCUCAUCAUUCGAAUCGACCCUCAUCUUCAAACCCCCAUGUAUUUCUUCCUCAUGAACCUGUCACUCCUAGACCUCUGCUACUCCUCAACCAUUGCCCCCAAAGCCAUGGCCACCUUCCUACAAGGCAGCAAAACCAUUUCCUACAAUGGAUGUGCUGCACAGUUGUUCUUUUUUGCUCUCUUUAUAACCACAGAAGCCUUCAUCCUGGCAGCAAUGGCAUAUGAUCGAUACAUAGCCAUCUGCAACCCACUCCUCUAUCCUGUCACCAUGUCCAAAAGGGUCUGUAUUCAGCUCAUCGUGGUCUCCUAUAUCUGUGGUGGCACCGAUUCUCUAGUGCAAACCAGCUUCACCUUUGCACUGAGCUACUGUGGGCCUAAAGAGAUCAACCAUUUCUUCUGUGACUUUCCCCCCUUGCUAAAUCUAUCAUGUACCGAUAUUUACAUCAAUGAACUGGUAAUGUUUCUUGCAUCUGGCCUCAUCAUAGUGAUCACCUCAGGAAUCAUCCUCAUCUCCUACGCCUACAUCAUCCAUGCUAUUCUCAGGAUUCACUCAGCCAAGGGCAGGCUCAAGACCUUAUCCACCUGCUCCUCCCACAUGGUGGCUGUCACUUUAUUUUUUGGGACGGUUUCCUUUAUGUAUGCCCAGCCGGGUUCUCUGUCUUCCCCACAUCUGAGCAAGGUGGUGUCUGUGUUUUAUACCCUUGUCAUCCCCAUGUUGAAUCCCUUCAUCUACAGCCUCAGGAACAAGGAUGUGAAAGAUGCUUUGAGGAGAAUCAUAGGUAGGAAAAUGACUUCGAAAUAA